AUGUACGAGGACAACGAAAAAGAGGGUUACUCAUCAAAUGUUAGAUAUAGGUCAAAGAUAGACUCUCAAAAGCAGCUUCAAAAGCCUCACUUGACGCGCAAAGUCCCAACAGACAGUACAUAUUCUCAGCGAAAUGUGGGAUCUGGAGCAGGAACUGUACUCAAAAAUUCCCUUGAGACAUUGAAAUUGAGACAAUCAUCGAUACGGGGAUUCUCUUCCAAUUCUGUCAACCUUACUGAAAGCCAGGAAGAAUAUGGUUCACCAUCCCUUCAUGCUCAAAAGUUCUGGAAGUAUCAUGUCCUGCAAAUCGGCCAGUUUGAAUUUUAUCUUACAACGAACCCUGAUAAUAGACACAGAUUUGUUAGAGGAGCGCCUGGCUAUUAUGUUGAACUUGUGCUCAAAAGUCCCAUGGACAACGAAUACGUGCCGGCUUCAGACAAAGGGUUUCAGUUAGUAUUCAAAAGACAGAGGUAUCCCAUAUCAAAUUCAAAGUCGAGCGAGACAGAAUUCGAUCCAUCUCAGGUUUUCACAGUCAUGAAACAAUCGCAGUCUAAAGGGGGAGAUUACGAAAUUAUGGGUCAUAGCUACGAGUUUGUUGAUGAUGAAGGACGGCGUUCGUAUACACCGAAGCAACAAAAAAUCGCGGCCAAAUUUGUCAACAAAUCCAAUUCGCUCUCACAAAAUGGAAUGGUGAUGGAAACUUGUUAUCGCCUCAAAAAUGUUCGAGUCUGUUCACUGAAAGAAAAAAAGAGCACCAUUUUGUUCAAAAACAAAAUUGAUGGAGUUAAGUUAUCAAAGGAGGGUUCAAUUUACUAUAUCGAUGAUAAACUAGGUGGCUCAUAUUGGCAUGAUUCGAUCAUAGGGCUUUUUAGACCCUGCGAAAGAGAUAUAAAAGCAAAAAUUACGAAGAAAGUAUUCUCAAAAGGGGAUUCUUUCCACUCGGCUCGUGAAGAGCUUAACGAAAGUUUGGAACCGAUGAGUUUUGACGACGAGGACUAUGUCAGCGACCGGACUUUCUAUUUUGCUCGUGAUGGUCUUCUUCAAAGACAUCCUCAAGAUGAUUCACCGAACGAUUAUAAACUGGGCUGGAUUACUAUUUACGACAAAUCGGAUUACUUCUCAACUUCCAAUGGGAACUGGGAAAUGGUGCUAGGACUCACAUUUGCUGCCGCUUUUGAAUUGAUGGUUGAUAGAUUCGUGCGAGAUUCGGCGUUGGCUUAA